CCCGCCGAAUGACUUCACUAUUUGAACUGAAUUUCAAAAUAACAUAGUCGUGUGGAGAACGUGAUUUCAAACACCGGUACUUAAAUAAAAUAUAAUUUUCUAAAUAUAACAUAAAACAGUGAUUAAGUAGCGUUUAAUAUAGUGUCCACUUGUUUUUGGAUUUUAUUUUAAAUAUUUAAUUUACACUUUGUCCUUCCAGAAAUAUGGGCAAGGACGAUAAAGAAGACUCGGGUUUCGGCUUCAAGGACAAGGCGAAGGCCGAAGACACCCUGCGCCUGUUGGAGAAACACGACGCCAACUAUAGAAGGUUGACCGUGAGGGGUUUGCUUGGGAGGGCAAAACGAGUACUGACCAUGACAAAAGCAGAAGACAAAAUAAAGAACAUAAAAGAAGCAAUGGAGGUGUUCGAGAAUUGGCUCGCAGAACUAGAAAAGAACAAAGAGAAGAAAACAGACAAGAAAGAAAAGGACAGAGAACAGAAGAGCGAAGAAAAAGAAAGAAAGAAAAACAAAAGUGAUGAUGAAUCGGACUCAGAUAUAGAAAUGGAAGAAAAACCAAAAGAAAAGAAAGAACUGCCCGCCGAUACUGUAUCUGGAUUGGGCUUCAAGGAUCAGGAAGCAGCGAAUAAUACACUGAAGGAGUUGGAGGGAAGAGAUCCGGAUUACCAGAAGUUAGCUGUAAAAGGACUCAUAGGGCGAGCCAAGAGAGUUCUCACUUGUACUCGCGACGAAACGAAAUUAUCGAAUAUUAAGGAGGCGAUAUCGAUUUUCGACAAGUUCCUCGAUGAUUUCGAUACGAUGCAUCUGAGCAAACAGAACAACCCUUACAUCAGCUUGGCGAUAGUGAGGACUUGUGUCCACUUAGCUGACGCGAACAUCACUGAACAACAGAAAGCCUUCAUAGAGGCGUACACCUCAGCCGGCGGCGAGUACAAGCGUUUGAGAACCGUGCUCGAGACUGAGGGUGGCAAGACCUGGGAUAUUGUGAGGAACGCGGCCUUGAAACAGCUGAAAGAGAAGCACGCAGACGCAAAGCUCUUCAACGAGAAGGACGAACCAACAGCGGAACAUUUGGAGAUGUUGCUUUGGGCGUAUUCGCCUGAACCCGCCCGCGUUAAAAAGCUCAUACCGGAAACUAACGAAACCAAGCACGACAAUGACCGGAAACGACGAAGUAGCGGCCAUGACAGUGACGACACGCCAAGCAAGAAGAAGAAAGAAUGAUUUGUUGUAAUAAUUACCUACCUAAUUGAUACAUAAAUUGUAAGCAUUUAUUGGUAUUUUGAUUAAAUAUUUACGAAU